UGACGGCCGCAGGAAGCUCGGUGCCGUUUGAACGCGCCCGGCAGAGCCGCCGCCGCCGCCCCUUUCCCGCCAUCCGGGCCGACAUGGCCGCCUUCGCCAUGGAGCUGCAGCCCGCAGGAGCUGAACCGAUGACUCUUGGCUCCCCGACAUCUCCCAAACAAGGAACUAGUGCCCAAUUCCUGCCUGGGUUUUUGAUGGGUGACUUACCUGCCCCAGUGACUCCUCAGCCGCGUGCUUUGUAUGGCCCUUCUGUUGGAGUGAUGGAAACAAGGUCUCCACUGCUUGCAGGAGGGUCUCCCCCACAACCAGUAGUCCCUUCUCAUAAAGAUAAAGGUGGUGCUCCACCAGUGAGAAGCAUUUAUGAUGAGUUAUCUAGUCCUGGGCUUGGAUCAACACCUCUAUCCUCAAGAAGACCAGCCAGCUUUACACAAAGCCCAUCAGUUGGAAUUCUGCCAUCAACUCCGGGAGCAGCUUCAGGCGUGUUCAGUCCUGCAAGUAUUGGGCAACCUAAGAAGACUACUCUAUCUCCUGCUCAGCUAGAUCCUUUUUAUACUCAAGGUGAUUCCCUUACUUCAGAAGAUCAACUUGAUGACACCUGGGUAACUGUAUUUGGAUUUCCUCAAGCAUCAGCUUCCUAUAUUCUACUGCAGUUUGCUCAGUAUGGAAACAUAUUAAAGCAUGUGAUGUCCAACACAGGAAACUGGAUGCAUAUUCGAUAUCAGUCAAAGCUUCAAGCCCGGAAAGCCUUAAGCAAAGAUGGAAGAAUUUUUGGUGAAUCUAUCAUGAUUGGUGUUAAGCCCUGUAUAGAUAAAAGUGUGAUGGAAAACUUUGAAAGAAGCUCUACAUCCUCAAUGUCUUCGAUUUUCACUCCACCUACAAAAUCUGUUGGCACACCAGUACCACCUGCAAAUAAUACUGCAAGGAUUUCUACAAUGAGACCUCUGGCAACAGCAUAUAAGGCUUCCACUAGUGACUAUCAGGUGGUUUCUGACAGACAAACUCCUCGGAAAGAUGAAAGUAUUGUAUCUAAAGCAAUGGAAUAUGUUUUUGGCUGGUAAUAUAUGAGGAAGUAACACACUAAGCUGGUCAUGGUUUGAACUGUACUACUGGCAUUUGUAGUUAGUUGUAUAACUACUGGUGGCAGUAUUUUAUCUUACACAGCACCCGUUAUGCCUUCAGUUUAUUCAGAAGACAUGUAGCUUGCACUUUAAAUGAUGGCAGUGUAUACAUGAUUUUACAAACUGAGUGAGUGUAAAUAAAAGUGCUUUAUCCCUG